CAAUGCAACGUUCAUGGCAGCAAUGCAUACACUCGACGCAUUUACACCCCACCCCCAGCUUUCCUGCAAAAAGCACGCCAAGCUUUAUCCAGACCCGCAACGCCAAGUUGCCUUGAAGCUUGGAUGAUCCAGACUAAGGGAAACAUGAAUCGAUGCGUACAGUCAAACGUGACCUGGUCGGGGGGAAACCUGCGUUGGACGAAACACAGGGUAACUGCCGAGGCCAGCGAGAGCUCAAGGAGAGAAGUCCUCUGGAGGAUGCUCAACCGCCCUAAGACUAGGACUUCGAUCUGA